AUGGCUUCGAAUAACAUCGUGAUCCUGGGUGCUGGUGUUACUGGACUCACCACUGCAUAUCUCCUAUCCAAGGAUGCCUCCAAUAGCAUCACUGUCGUCGCCAAACACAUGCCCGGAGACUACGAUAUCGAGUACUGUUCUCCCUUCGCUGGUGCCAACUAUCAACCAUUUGGAAAAGAAGGUACUCCCGAGGCAGAGUGGGAAAAAGCCACUUGGCCUGCGUUGAAGGAAUUGACUGAAAAGUAUCCAGAAGCUGGCAUUCAUUUCCAAGAUACAAUUGUCUACAACCGCAAGAAGGACCAGCAAUCUGCUGGUGGCCAGUGGUUCUCUGAAUUGGUGCAAAAAGACCCGUGGUAUAAGGAUGUCGUCCUCGGUUUCCGAGAGAUCCCAGCCGGUCAGCUAGCUGAGGGUAUUGACAAUGCUUCCACAUUCAAAUCCGUGUGCAUCAAUCCUGCCAUCUAUCUGCCAUGGCUUAUCGGCCAGUCUCGCAAAAAUGGAGUGGUUUUCAAGAGAGGCUCCUUCAAGCACAUUACAGACGCCGCCUAUGUACACCAUUCCGGAAAGAAAGCUGAUCUAAUCGUCAACUGUACUGGUCUGUCAUCGAAGAAACUGGGCGGAGUGCGUGACGACAAACUCUUCCCGGCUAGAGGCCAGGUUGUAGUCGUACGAAAUGACCCCGGCGCGAUGGUUACAAUCUCCGGGAGCGAUGAUGGAGAAGACGAGAUUGUGUACAUGAUGACACGAGCAGCAGGAGGAGGAACCGUUAUCGGUGGCUCAUACCAGAAGCACAACUGGGAAUCAUCGCCUGAUCCCAACCUUGCCGUUCGCAUCAUGAAACGUGCCAUUGCCCUACGCCCGGAGCUUGUGAGCAAGGGACAGGGAAUUGAAGGGUUGGACGUCAUCCGACACAGCGUGGGAUUGCGGCCACUCCGAGAAGGUGGUCCGCGUAUUGAAAAGGACAAGGUGGAUGGUGUUGCUAUCGUGCACAACUAUGGUCAUGGCGGUUUUGGAUACCAGGCUUCAUUCGGCUGUGCACAAACUGCGGUCAAGUUGGUUAAUGAAACCCUCCAGCAGAAGGACAAGGCGAAGCUUUAA